AUGUCGGGGCAGACGCUCACGGAUCGCAUCGCCGCUGCGCAAUACCAGCUAACGGGAUCAGACAUGGCCCGGGCUGUCUGCAAAGCCACCACUCAUGAAGUGAUGGCGCCCAAGAAAAAGCACCUGGACUACCUGGUGUCAGCCACCAAUACCACCAACGUGAACAUCCCUCAGAUGGCUGACACACUGUUUGAGCGAGCCACCAACGCCAGCUGGGUGGUCGUCUUCAAGGCCCUCGUCACCACUCAUCACAUGUGUGUCCAUGGCAAUGAGAGGUUCAUUCAGUACUUGGCUUCAAGGACCUCUCUGUUCAACCUCAGCAAUUUUAUCGACAAAACCGGCUCUCACGGCUAUGACAUGUCUACAUUCAUCAGAAGGUAUGGACGAUACCUGAAUGAGAAAGCUUUUGCCUACCGCCAGAUGGCUUUUGAUUUCACCAGAGUCAAGAAAGGUGCUGAGGGCGUGAUGAGGACGAUGACCACUGAGAAGCUGUUGAAGGGCAUGCCUGUUCUGCAGACUCAGAUUGACACACUCCUGGAGUUUGAUGUUCAUCCCAAGGAGCUGAACAAUGGAAUUAUCAAUGCUGCAUUUAUGCUUCUCUUCAAGGACCUGGUCAAACUGUUUGCAUCCUACAAUGACGGCAUCAUCAACCUAUUAGAGAAAUACUUUAAGAUGAAGAAGAGUGACUGCAAGGACGCCUUGGAGAUCUACAAGAGGUUCCUGACCAGGGUGACAAAGAUUGGGGAAUUCAUGAAGCUGGCUGAGACAGUUGGAGUUGACAAAAAUGACAUUCCUGACAUCAACUACGCUCCCAGCAGUAUCCUGGAGUCUCUGGAAACACACAUGAAUGGUCUGGAGGAUGCAAAGGGUGGAAAGAAGGGUGAAGGGUCUCCAACAAAGGGAUCUCCGACAAACAACGUGUCUCCAACAUCGACUCCGGCCAAAUCUUCAAACGCUGUUCCCGCACUACAGCCUCCUCCUGGGGACAGUGCUGCCGCCGCUGCUGCUCCCGCUGCUCCUGAACCAGCCGAAGAUUCCUUGUUGGACCUGGACCCACUGUCCUCCUCGGGUCCCUCAGCACCAUCAGCUGCCCCCACAUCUUGGGGAGACCUCCUUGGAUCAGAAAUGGGCGAUUCCUUGCUAUCUGAACCCACCCUCACGGCAGAGCCCGCCCCCUCCCCUGCAGCAGCAACGCCCACUCCUGCAGCAGCAGAACCCGGAGUCUCUCUAGCUCCUCCCACUAGCACAGCAGCCGCCACCUCACCUGGUGCCGCCAAUAUGGAUCUGUUGGGAGAUGCCUUUGCAACACCUGCUCCUGCCACCGAGGCCUCAGCAGCAGCAGCUGAAGGUGGGGCUGCCGCUACGUCUGCCCCAGCCGCCAACGCGGGAGCUGAUCUCUUUGAUUCCAAGCCAGACACGAGCUUUACCAAAGCAGACCCUGCUCCCAGUGUUAACUUGUUUACAGCAGAGUGCACAGGCGGAGAGGCCUCCGCUGCUGCUGCUCCUGCUGCCCCCGGUGCUGAGCUCAUGUCAGUAUUUGAUGGGCUAGGGGAUGUCAUGAAGCCCACUGUGACCCCUCAAGCGGGUGAUGUUGACACCUCUAUGGCUAACAUGGCAAGUAAUCUCACUAUGGGAACCGCAGCGGCCCCUCAGGUAGCUCCCCCCAGUUGGGGUGCUCCCAUGGUAAAUGUUCCUGGAGCUCCCAUGAUGCCCAUGGUGAGGCCAGGUUUCCCUGCCACCGGAGCAACCCCUGGAGCACCGAUGUCUCCCGGAGUGGCCCAGAGCCCCAGAAAGCCUCCACCACCGAGGAACGCUCUGGAUGACCUCAAUAUUAAGGACUUCAUGUAGACUGACUGACCC